ACCAGAACCAGGAGCUCUCAUAAAAAUAUUAUACUACCAUAUCUGCAACACGAUCAAAUUCCUCACUUCUUUCUUUCCGAGUGAUUGAAAAUUAUAUGACAAUGGUUGCAUCAGUGGAGGAGAUCAGAAAGGCCCAGAGAGCCCAGGGUCCUGCCACCGUCCUCGCCAUUGGCACUGCCACUCCCUCUAACUGUGUCAACCAGGCUGAUUACCCUGAUUAUUACUUCAGGAUCACCAAGAGUGAGCACAUGACCGAGUUGAAAGAAAAGUUCAAGCGCAUGUGUGACAAAUCCAUGAUCAAGAAACGUUACAUGCAUUUAAAUGAAGAAAUCUUGAAAGAGAAUCCUAACAUGUGCGCUUAUUGGGAACCAUCUCUUGAUGCUCGCCAAGACAUUGUCGUGGUGGAGGUUCCAAAGUUAGGAAAGGAAGCAGCAACUAAGGCCAUCAAAGAAUGGGGCCAACCCAAAUCUAAGAUUACCCACCUCAUUUUCUGCACAACUUCUGGUGUUGACAUGCCUGGUUGUGACUACCAGCUCACUAAGCUCCUUGGUCUCCGUCCAUCUGUCAAGCGAUUUAUGAUGUAUCAGCAGGGCUGCUUUGCCGGCGGGACGGUCCUCCGUCUAGCCAAGGACUUGGCUGAAAACAAUAAGGGUGCUCGAGUUCUUGUUGUGUGCUCUGAGAUCACUGCUGUCACUUUCCGUGGUCCUUCUGACACCCACUUGGAUUCCUUAGUAGGUCAAGCUCUUUUCGGUGAUGGAGCUGGAGCUUUAAUUGUUGGGUCUGAUCCUGAUACUUCCAUCGAGCGUCCAUUAUUUCAGCUUGUCUCUGCAGCACAAACAAUCCUUCCUGACUCUGACGGCGCUAUUGAUGGACACUUACGUGAAGUGGGUCUCACCUUUCACUUACUAAAAGACGUUCCAGGGUUGAUUUCGAAGAACAUAGAGAAAAGCUUGGUGGAAGCAUUUAGUCCAAUUGGUAUCAGCGAUUGGAACUCCAUAUUUUGGAUAGCUCACCCAGGUGGUCCAGCUAUUCUCGACCAGGUUGAAGAGAAACUGAAUCUAAAACCUGAAAAAAUGAGAGCAACCAGACAUGUUCUGAGCGAGUAUGGAAACAUGUCAAGUGCUUGUGUGUUAUUUAUCCUGGACGAGAUGAGAAAGAAGUCUCUGGAGGAAGGAAAGGUCACCACCGGAGAAGGGUUGGAGUGGGGUGUUUUGUUCGGGUUUGGGCCUGGCCUAACGGUGGAGACUGUCGUGCUACAUAGCGUCCCCACAGAGAGGGCAGCUCAUUGAAUUAAUUACUUGUAAAAGGCGGAAUAGGGACAAGACUUGCUGGAUUUUGUGGUAGGCAACUGAGGGUAGAAAUGGAAAAAUAUUUUAUAAUAAGAAGAAGACUCAAGACUAGUCGCUUUGGUAAUUGCAAGCGUGGAGUAAGACUGUAAUAAAAUUUGUUUAUAUUUUAUGGUUAAUUAUUAGAUGGAUUGAAAACAUUAAAAACUAA